AUGGCCUUGGUCUCGGAAGUCACCUGCAUCUACUGGGCCCUUAUCCUGCAUGAAGAUGAAGUAACCGUGACGGCUCUGGCCAAUGUCCAUAUUGGGAACCUCAUCGACAAUACGGAGGCUGGUGGACCUGCCCCAGCAGCUGGUGCUGCACCUGCAGGAGGUCCUGCCCCCUCCACCACUGCUGCGCCAACUGAGAAGAAAGCGGAAGCAAAGAAAGAGGAAUCUGAUGAUGACAUGGGCUUUGUUCUUUUUGACUAA